CCAACUUCAAGCUCGGAAGAACAGUCAAAAAAAUGUCCUCUAUCUGGAAAAACUACUUCGGCCAAGAUGAGGUCGCCUCCUCAGGUGCUACCCCGCCGAACACCGCCUUACCUGCCAACUGGUACACCUCACCCGAGAUGUGGGAGCUGGAGCGCCGUGCGAUCUUUUCCCGCAAAUGGAUGUUAAUCACCCACAAGAUGCGCCUCCCGAGCACCGGUGACUACUUGGUCUAUGACAUUGCCGGGUACCCAUUUAUCCUAGUCCGCGACAAGGAUGGCAACUUCAACGCUUUCCACAACGUCUGCCGACACCGUGCCUUCCCCGUGGUGACUGAAGGGGAGGGCAAGGCCAGAAUCUUCGCAUGCAAGUACCACGGCUGGUCGUAUGGCCUCAAUGGCAAACUUGCCAAGGCUCCUGGCUACCAGGAUCUCGAUGGAUUUGACAAGAGCAAGAAUGGCCUUUUCCAGAUUCAUGUCCACGUUGAUAGCAACGGAUUCAUAUGGGCCAACUUAGACGCCAAGGAACAGCCCGAGAUUGAGUGGGAAGAUGAUUUCAGCAAGGUUGAUUUGCAGGACCAUUUUAGUGGCAUCAACUGGGAUGAGUACAACUUCGACCACACCUGGGAGAUGGAGGGCGAGUACAACUGGAAGAUCCUUGCCGACAACUAUAAUGAAUGCUACCACGCCGAUGGCAAGGAUAACAGCAGCAUCGACUACGCUAACUCCACCCCGGAGCAGAUUGCCCGUGGUUUGAGAACUGCCAGCACCUAUUACUUUCCUAACGCUUCUAUGACUGUUUUCCCCCACUUCUUCUUCAUGCAGAGAUUUGUGCCGACCUCCGCCACCAAAUGCACGAUGCGGUUUGAGGUUUACCGCAACAAGAACUCCAGCGACAAGGAUUUCGAGUUGAUUAGCCAAACUUACAAGCGGAUCAUGUCCGAGGACAAAGACCUCUGCACAAACGCCCAGAAGAACCUGAGUGAUCACACGGAGAAGGGAUCCCUCAACCUCCAGAUGGUUGUGCGCGAGCUUGUUAAGGAGCACUACAAGAAAGAGCAGGAAGCAGGUCGCGAGAUCUGGCCAACUCGCCAAACACUCCCGACAGCCGCCACCAUCAGCGAGGAAGACAUGACCUUCUGUAACAAGCUGGAUGCUCAGUCCAAGGGCUCAACAUCGGCCGGCGGGUGCUGUGGUGGCGGCUGCCAACCUAAAGAAACCCUUGUCUUUUAG